CGGAAAGUUACAGUCAGUUUAAAGAAUCCAACACAUGGUAUCGGGUUGAUUCCAGUAAAAAGGAUCCAUCCGGUCCUAUGGAAUACGAGCAUGUGACGUUUAAAUGCACUUUUGGAAGUAAACGUGCUUCCCGAGGUGCUGGCUUUAGGAACAGAGGGUUCAAAAGUACUUCAUGUCAAUCAGUAAUUACAGUACGGCGCAAAUCCAACAUAUACAGGAUAACAAAGUACCAAACUGUGCAUAACCAUCCAUGCACAGCAAGUUUCAUGUCCAUUGAUGUAUCUAGACGUCGGUUAUCACCACAAGAAAUGGCAGUUAUACAACCGUCGUCUCAACAUUCUGAACCAAAGAAAUCCGGAUGCUGCACUGCGGGAAGUAGCAGAGUUCACAAGAAGGUUGGACACUUUGCUAGCAAAUGAACCGCAAACAACUUUGAGAUUACGACGUGCCCCUGUUAAUCGAUCAUUUUUGUGAAAAUAUUUGCAUUACCUUAUUGUUUCCAUUUGUAUUCACAAUAUAAACAUCUAUGUCUAAACUGUGUUACACUUCCUUUCCCUUCAAAUGCCUGAGAGCGACAGUUUAAAGCAUACUUUGGUUGAUUGUUUCCUGAUGAGAGCGCUUGGCAAGUCAGUUACAAAUUACACCGAUCUGUGCCUUAUGUAAUGC